GAAGAAGAAGAGGAGGAAGAGAGGGCAAGAGGGGAAGGAAAAAAAAAAAACCAAAACACCAACCCGGGCAGAGGAGGCGCGGCGGCGGCGGCGGCGGCAGCGGCGGCGGCAGCGGCGCGGCGCGGCGGCAGCGGCGGCGGCUCGGACCCCUCCCCCGGCUCCCCCCAUCGGUGCAGCUCUCCGGGCGAUGCCAGAAUAGAUGCCGGGGCAAUGUCCCGCCGCAAACAGGGCAACCCGCAGCACUUGUCCCAGAGGGAGCUCAUCACCCCAGAGCCUGAGCAUGUGGAGGCCACCAUCCUCGAGGAAGAUGAGGGUCUGGAGAUAGAGGAGCCCAGCAGCCUGGGGCUGAUGGUGGGGGGCCCCGACCCUGACCUGCUCACCUGUGGACAGUGUCAGAUGAACUUCCCCUUGGGGGACAUCCUGGUUUUUAUAGAGCACAAGAAGAAGCAGUGUGGCGGCAGCCUGGGCGGCUGCUAUGACAAAGGCCUGGACAAGGGCAGCCCGCCGCCCUCCUCACGCUCUGAGCUCAGGAAAGUGUCCGAGCCGGUGGAGAUCGGGAUCCAGGUCACCCCUGACGAAGAUGACCACCUGCUCUCACCCACGAAAGGCAUCUGCCCCAAGCAGGAGAACAUUGCAGGGCCGUGCAGGCCUGCCCAGCUGCCAGCGAUGGCCCCCAUAGCUGCUUCCUCCUCCCACCCUCACACAUCUGUGAUUACUUCACCUCUUCGUGCCCUGGGCGCUCUACCGCCCUGCUUCCCCCUGCCGUGCUGCAGCGCGCGCCCUGUCUCGGGUGACGGGACUCAGGGUGAGGGUCAGACGGAGGCUCCCUUUGGAUGCCAGUGUCAGUUGUCAGGUAAAGAUGAGCCUUCCAGCUACAUUUGCACAACAUGCAAGCAGCCCUUCAACAGCGCGUGGUUCCUGCUGCAGCACGCGCAGAACACGCACGGCUUCCGCAUCUACCUGGAGCCCGGGCCGGCCAGCAGCUCGCUCACGCCGCGGCUCACCAUCCCGCCGCCGCUCGGGCCCGAGGCCGUGGCCCAGUCCCCGCUCAUGAAUUUCCUGGGCGACAGCAACCCCUUCAACCUGCUGCGCAUGACGGGCCCCAUCCUGCGGGACCACCCGGGCUUCGGCGAGGGCCGCCUGCCCGGCACGCCGCCGCUCUUCAGCCCGCCGCCGCGCCACCACCUGGACCCGCACCGCCUCAGCGCCGAGGAGAUGGGGCUCGUCGCCCAGCACCCCAGUGCCUUCGACAGAGUCAUGCGCCUGAACCCCAUGGCCAUCGACUCGCCCGCCAUGGACUUCUCGCGGCGGCUCCGCGAGCUGGCGGGCAACAGCUCCACGCCGCCGCCCGUGUCCCCGGGCCGCGGCAACCCUAUGCACCGGCUCCUGAACCCCUUCCAGCCCAGCCCCAAGUCCCCGUUCCUGAGCACUCCGCCGCUGCCGCCCAUGCCCCCCGGCGGCACGCCGCCGCCCCAGCCGCCGGCCAAGAGCAAGUCGUGCGAGUUCUGCGGCAAGACCUUCAAGUUCCAGAGCAAUCUCAUCGUGCACCGGCGCAGCCACACGGGCGAGAAGCCCUACAAGUGCCAGCUGUGCGACCACGCGUGCUCGCAGGCGAGCAAGCUCAAGCGCCACAUGAAGACGCACAUGCACAAGGCCGGCUCCCUGGCCGGCCGCUCCGACGACGGGCUCUCGGCCGCCAGCUCCCCGGAGCCCGGCACCAGCGAGCUGGCCGGCGAGGGCCUCAAGGCGGCCGACGGCGAGUUCCGCCACCACGAGAGCGACCCGUCGCUGGGCCACGAGCCUGAGGAGGAAGACGAGGAGGAGGAGGACGAGGAGGAGGAGCUGCUGCUGGAGAACGAGAGCCGGCCCGAGUCGAGCUUCAGCAUGGACUCGGAGCUGAGCCGCAACCGGGAGAACGGCGGCGGCGGUGGCGGCGGCGGCGGCGGCGGCGUGGCCGGGGUGCCGGGCGCGGGCGGCGGCGUGGGCGGCGCGGCCAAGGCGCUGGCCGACGAGAAGGCGCUGGUGCUGGGCAAGGUCAUGGAGAACGUGGGCCUGGGUGCGCUGCCGCCCUACGGCGAGCUGCUGGCCGACAAGCAGAAGCGCGGCGCCUUCCUGAAGCGCUCGGCGGGCGGCGGGGACCCGGGCGACGACGACGACGCGGGCGGCUGCGGCGACGCGGGCCCGGGCGGCGCGGUCAACGGGCGCGGCGGCGGCUUUGCGCCGGGCGCCGAGCCCUUCCCGGGCCUCUUCCCGCGCAAGCCGGCGCCUCUGCCCAGCCCCGGGCUCAACAGCGCGGCCAAGCGCAUCAAGGUGGAGAAGGACCUGGAGCUGCCGCCCGCCGCGCUCAUCCCGUCCGAGAACGUGUACUCGCAGUGGCUCGUGGGCUACGCGGCGUCGCGGCACUUCAUGAAGGACCCCUUCCUGGGCUUCACGGACGCGCGCCAGUCGCCCUUCGCCACGUCGUCCGAGCACUCGUCCGAGAACGGCAGCCUGCGCUUCUCCACGCCGCCCGGGGACCUGCUGGACGGCGGGCUGUCGGGCCGCAGCGGCACGGCCAGCGGGGGCAGCACGCCGCACCUGGGCGGCCCGGGCCCCGGGAGGCCGAGCUCCAAGGAGGGCCGGCGCAGCGACACGUGCGAGUACUGCGGCAAGGUGUUCAAGAACUGCAGCAACCUGACGGUGCACCGGCGGAGCCACACCGGCGAGCGGCCUUACAAGUGCGAGCUGUGCAACUACGCGUGCGCGCAGAGCAGUAAGCUCACGCGCCACAUGAAGACGCACGGGCAGAUCGGCAAGGAGGUGUACCGCUGCGACAUCUGCCAGAUGCCCUUCAGCGUCUACAGCACCCUGGAGAAACACAUGAAAAAGUGGCACGGCGAGCACUUGCUGACUAACGACGUCAAAAUCGAGCAGGCCGAGAGGAGCUAAGCGCGCGCGGCCCCCGCGCACCUGUACAGUAGCCCCGUCGCCAAGCGAGAGAAUGCUGACCUGACACUUGCCUCCGUGUCGCCGCCGCCGCUCGGCACCCUCUGCGAGCCCCCGGGGCCCCAGGGGAGGCGGCCCUCCAACCUAACCUGUGUCUGCGAAGUCCUAUGGAAACCCGAGGGUUGAUUAAGGCAGUAAAAAUUGUGGAGCCUUUUAACUGUGCAAUAAUUUCUGUAUUUAUUGGGUUUUGUAAUUUUUUUGGCAUGUGCAGGUACUUUUUAUUAUUAUUCUUUCUGUUGAAAUUCCUUUAAGAGAUUUUGUUGGGUAUCCAUCCCUUCUUCAGUUUUUUGUUUCUUUUUUUUGUUUCUUUUUUUUGUUUGUUUUUUAAAAACUCAGUAGUAGCCUGAGCGAUGACUCCCGAGCUAUGUAGAGGGGAAGCAUAUAUUUUAAAUUAUAAUUUGGGGGGGGGAGGGCGCUGCUUUUUUGAAAUCUAAGCUAAGCAUGUGUAAUUUCUUGUGAAGAAGCCAACACUUAAAUGACUUUUAAAGUUGUUUACUUUUUUAUUCCUUUUUUUUUUUUGUCCUGAAAUAAAAAGUGGCAUGCGUUUUUGUUUUUGUUUUGGGGGAGGGGGUGGAUGAACAGCGGAUAACAAUCUUUAAAGUUGUAGCACUUUGUUUCAGAAUCGGAAAGGAGAUGUAGCACUGAUGAUGUCCCGAGUAACAGAGGCCUUUUCUGUGUUGAUUUCAACUUUGCAAUACAUAAGGAAACCUUUGCGUGGUGGUGGUGGGGAGAGGCCCUCAGAAAACUCAGCACUGCCAGAGAAACAGGAGUUUUUGAGGGCUGCCCCCGGGAAAUGGCCCAAGAGCAUUCUAAAAUUGUGCAUUCCCAGCAGAUCCCGUACUUUUCUUGGAAUGUCGGUGGGCCCUGGGAUGCCAUCUCUGCUAUCUGCCGUAGAUUAGACUAAAUAAAAUGGGCUGAGGGUACUUUUGGGGGUAGAUGGUGGUGGCCUGCAGUGACACAGAAAGGAGAGAAACCAGUGGUGUUCUUUCAGGCUUCUUCUGGCUUGACAGCUUCUCUCUCUCUCUCUCUAUCACCCCCACCACAGAAAUCCUAAGUCAUACAUUGCUGCCAGUGACAACUGAUCGUUUCCCAAGCAGACAAGUGUACUGAUGGUGAAUUGAGGGAAGUUACUAUUCUCUCAUGUAAUGCAC